AUGGCUGAAGAAAGAUUUAAAUUUGCAAAGAGUUUGAGAGACUGUGAACUUUGGUGCAGGCAGGAAAGGGCAACCAGAAUUAAGUUGCUUUUAGCAACCAGCAAGUCACCUGCAAUUGACGAAUGGACAGAGUACUAUAAGAAACAGUCUAUAUAUGGUCAAAUCCAAGAGAUACAGAAGAGAUUUCCUGCGACUGAGGCCAUCGCUGCAAGUCAGACUGACAGUGUUACACUCAACAUAUAUGAGAAACUAUGCAAAUACCAAAUUGAGCUUGUGAGAAUUGAGAAAUUUGCCAUAAAUGCCCUUCAUGCUUGCGAAGGUCAAAUUAGGAAACCACCUAUUUCAGAAGGUAUUAAUUUUAUGGAUACAUGCCUUAAAAUAUAAUUGAUAUGCAUUUAAACUAGGGAAAUCAUAAAUGUCUAUAGAAACUUGCUCUAUAUAAACUUAAGGCUAUUUUGAAGCUUAACUGCAUGUAUGUUGACUUCUUUUUAAUCAUAGAGUGGCAAGAGCCAAAUGAAUUUUAUUUACACCAUCUACCACUGCUGCAAGAGGCUGUUGAACAUGUUAGUACAAAAGUUACUGCCUUGAAAGCAAAAGUUGAGAUGGCAGCUGAAAAACACAAGAAAACAGCAUCACAUAACAAAAUCCAACAAAGAAGACAGGCAAAAAGAGCAAAGCUUCAUGCUAUUAUAAAUGUGACUGAAGGGCCUGGUGAUGAUUGUCAUGUUGUUGAAACUUCGGAUUGUGAUGGGGCAGACAAUGACUCUGUGGUCAUUGAGAAUGAUGUUGAAGAACUUUAA